CGUCUCCCUCGCAGGAAGAGUACGCUAUCUCUUUUCUGGAAAACCCUUCACAAACCCUAUUCGCUCUCUCGGCAAUGGACUAUCCCACAUUCCAACAACAUCAGCAGCAACAGGAACAAGGCUACGACUCAUCUCAAAAUCAAGCCUUCGAUCAAUCUUCCCAAUCCUAUUAUGGGUACAAUCAACAAUACGACCAGCAAUACGUAUACUAUUCCAAUCAAGAUCAAGGAAAUUCAUAUGCCCACCAACAAUACCAGCAGGAAUCCACCUCCAUUCACCCUCCUGGAGCCCCAACACCUCCCGAACAGGCUCAGAUUCAAAAUCAACAAUUUUUGAACCAGGAUUCAGGUGCGGCGCUCGGUGGCGCAAUGAAUCCGGCAGCUGCAGCUGUGGCGAUUGCUGCUCUCUCGCAGCUCACUCAGUUUGCUGGAAACCCUCCGAUUGGGCAGUCUCGAUACAGAGUUGUUGGCAGCAGGGGCAGACCAUUUAGACGGGGUGGUCGUGGGCAUUUCAAUCCCCGAGGUCGUUCCCCUUACCGUGGUGGAGGUCGUGGCCAUGGGGGUGGUAGGCACUUCCCAUCUCAUUCUUCAGAAUUUGUACCAGCUGCUACUGAAGGCACAUCGGUGGCACAGCAACCUUCAUCAAUAUCUGGGCCUAUUCCAGCCCAGGUUCCAGUGGCAACAUUGCAUCCGCCACCAUGUAAAUUAUGGUGCGAGGUUUGCAAGGUUGAGUGCAAUUCUGCUGAGAUUAUGGAGCAACAUAAAAAUGGAAAGCGGCAUAAAAAGAAUUUGCAGGUACAUGAGGAAUUACAAAGGCGCAAAGCUAUAAAUGGACAACAGAGUAGUCAGAUGCCCUCUUCUCAAUUGAAUUUAACAACCCAGGCUGAGAAAAUUCUUGAAUUGAAGGCAGAAGGGUGUCCAGCAGAAAAUAUGGAUCCUAGAGCAACAGAUGACAAUCCAAAGAAUGAACUUGAUUUGCAGAACAAUACUGGAGAAGCUUCAGAAGCUCCAGAUGAUGACUCUGAGGAAAAACCCAGGGAUGGCUUGGCUUCGAGGGGCCGUGGUUUCAAGCGAAAGAUGAGAGGAGGAAGGGGAGGUAAAUACAUGAGAAAUCACGAUGGGUCAAGAAAGCCAGUGGAACCUCCUAAACCUAAACAGGCUAUUUCUUUCAUAUGUGAGUUGUGUAAUGUUAUAUGUGAGUCACAGGUGGUUUAUGACAGUCACUUGAUCGGUAAAAAGCACCAGUCGAAUCUUAAACGGGUCCAUGGGCACCAAGCCAUGUCCCAAGAACCAGUGCCGCAGUCAGUUCCCCCAGCUAACACCAGUGCUGUGUCUAAUUUUGUUGACAUCAAUGCUCUUGCAAAUUCAAUUAACUCUCAAGUCCAACAAGGUGUUAAUGAUCCACAAGUCCUCUUGGCUCAGCUCCUAAUGACAGUAUUGUCUCAAGCUCAAGCAGCAACAUCUGCAGCCGCCCCCACAGGAUCUGUAGCUGCUCAGCUUUCGGCACUCAUGCCAGGCUCUAGCUGCGGACCAGCAUUUCAACAUGUCCUGCCGACACAAGCAUCAGGAAGUUCUGCACAUGGUGAGAAUGAAAAUCCUGCAGGGAAGGCAAAAGUUCAGGUGCUAUCUGAUCCAACUCCUGCUGAUGGUCCUCAAACUGCAGGUGGAAUCUCUGAAACUGAAGAGAAGAUACAUGAAACACCCGCAGAAAAUCCAAGUGCAGCAGAUGAGCAAGGACCUUCACAAGGCAAUGCUCCUACUUUGUAGAAGUAUAUGAAGUUUUAUUUUGUAUAGUUCAUACUUCAGUUCAAUCCUUUAUUUCCAGCUUUAGCAACCCGUUCCCCCAUGGAGAUCUUUUUCCUUAUGCCCAAACAAUGAAAAAGGUUGUCAGAUUUAUACUGUUUAGAAUCGA